AUGAAGAAAGAACAAGAGCUAGUAAAAGAAGGUGCAUUUGAGAUCAAAGGAAUGAGUCAUUCCAAAAAGGUAAAGAAUUAUAUUAAACUAACCAUGAAGAAAAAUAUUAUCAAUACACAGCAUUCUUUCAUAAACAUUCCCAAUGUGAUUGUCCCAGAUAUGGAAAAGAAAAUAAGAAGGAUGGAAAAUGGAGCAUGCAGCUCCUUUUCUGACGACGAUGAUGACAGUGCCUCUAUAUUUGAAGACUCCGAGAGUGAAAACCCCUGUGCAAGGGAUUCCUUCAGAAAUAGUUCACGCAGGAAGGGAGGACUAUCACAGAGGGAACAAUACCUGCCUGGUGUCAUCGCACUUUUCAAUGUUAACAACAGCAGCAAUAAGGAACAAGAGCCAAAAGAAAAAAAGAAAAAGAAAAAAGAAAAGAAGAGCAAGCCAGAUGACAAAAAUGAAAAUAAAAAGGACCUAGAGAAGAAAAAGAAAAAAGAAAAGGACAAAGAGAAGAAAAAGAAAGAGGGAAAGAAAGACAAAGAUAAGAAAGAAGAGGAGAAGAAAGAAGUCAUGGUGAUUGAUCCCUCGGGAAACACAUACUACAAUUGGCUGUUUUGCAUCACCUUACCCGUCAUGUACAACUGGACUCUGAUUAUUGCAAGAGCAUGUUUUGAGGAACUCCAGUCUGAUUACCUAGCGUAUUGGCUCGUUUUUGAUUACUUGUCAGAUACAGUCUAUCUUCUCGAUAUGAUUGUACGAACCAGGACAGGUUACCUAGAGCAAGGACUGCUGGUGAAGGAAGAACUUAAACUCAUAGAGAAAUAUAAAUCAAACUUACAAUUUAAACUUGAUGUUCUAUCAGUGGUACCAACCGAUCUGCUAUAUUUUAAGCUGGGGUGGAACUAUCCAGAAAUUAGAUUAAACAGACUCUUAAGGAUCUCUCGAAUGUUUGAGUUCUUCCAAAGAACAGAAACAAGAACUAACUACCCAAACAUCUUCAGGAUUUCUAACCUUGUUAUGUACAUCGUCAUCAUUAUCCACUGGAACGCAUGUGUGUACUACUCUAUUUCCAAAGCUAUUGGAUUUGGAAAUGAUACCUGGGUCUAUCCUGAUGUUAAUGAUCCUGAAUUUGGCCGUUUGGCUAGAAAGUAUGUCUAUAGCCUUUACUGGUCUACACUGACUUUGACCACCAUUGGUGAAACACCACCUCCUGUGAGGGAUUCUGAGUAUGUCUUCGUGGUGGUUGAUUUCUUAAUUGGAGUAUUAAUUUUUGCUACCAUUGUUGGUAACAUAGGUUCUAUGAUUUCCAACAUGAACGCAGCCAGAGCAGAAUUUCAAGCAAGAAUUGAUGCCAUCAAGCAAUAUAUGCAUUUUCGAAAUGUAAGCAAAGAUAUGGAAAAGAGAGUUAUUAAAUGGUUCGACUAUCUGUGGACCAACAAAAAAACAGUUGAUGAGAGAGAAGUUUUGAAGUACCUACCUGAUAAGCUAAGAGCAGAGAUCGCCAUCAGUGUCCACCUGGACACAUUAAAAAAGGUGCGCAUUUUUGCCGACUGUGAGGCUGGUCUGUUGGUGGAGUUGGUCCUGAAAUUACAACCCCAAGUCUACAGUCCUGGAGAUUACAUUUGCAAGAAAGGCGAUAUUGGACGAGAGAUGUACAUCAUCAAGGAAGGCAAGCUCGCUGUGGUGGCAGAUGAUGGAAUCACUCAGUUUGUGGUAUUGAGUGAUGGCAGCUACUUCGGUGAGAUCAGCAUCCUUAACAUUAAAGGCAGCAAAGCUGGCAAUCGAAGAACGGCCAAUAUUAAAAGCAUUGGCUACUCAGAUCUGUUCUGUCUCUCAAAAGAUGACCUCAUGGAAGCUCUAACUGAGUACCCGGAUGCCAAAGGUAUGCUAGAAGAGAAGGGGAAGCAAAUCUUGAUGAAAGAUGGUCUGCUGGAUGUAAAUAUCGCGAAUGCUGGCCAUGACCCCAAAGAUCUUGAAGAGAAGGUCACCCGAAUGGAAGGGUCAGUAGACCUCCUGCAAACAAGGUUUGCUCGGAUCCUGGCUGAGUAUGAGUCCAUGCAGCAGAAACUGAAGCAAAGACUCACCAAGGUUGAGAAAUUUCUGAAACCACUUAUUGAAACAGAGUUUUCAGCCAUUGACGGAUCUGGAGUUGGAAGUGGGCCCACAGACUCCGCACAGGACUGAAGAGCUAGCUGUUCGCAAGGACGCACCUCAUGAUCCUUUCGGUGAUGUGACUAAGUGAUGAUUAAGUUGGAAGAAGAGGAAGGUGCAGCUGGGGGAUUUUCCAUGAGGAAAAUGUGCUUUGGUGCAGGGCACAAGGCCAACACACUUGCGUGUAAGGUACUGUGAUUAAAGAAUCAUUGUAUCUUGGGAUUUUCCACUAUGGACAAUGU